AUGAAUAUUAAAAGAAAAUUAGAUACCAAUGAAGUUGAUCAGCCUAUUCUAGAACCACAGCAAAAAAAAACAUUUUCCAUUUAUAAAGAUCAUCCUGAGAAACUGGCAAGUUUAUAUAAUAUUAUUCCAGGUAAAGAAGAUGAAAUAUAUGAUAUUUUUUCGAAAAAUAAAACCAAAAUAGGUCGUAGCAGAUCGUGUGAUAUAAUACUACAUGAACCGGAUAUAUCUACCGUCCAUUGUAUAUUGUAUUGUAUUCCUAGCAGUGCAGACCCAACUAUAAAAGUUCUAAAUAUAAUUGAUAACAAAAGUAGAAAUAGCACUUAUAUAAAUGGGAACAAAUUGGUCAAAAGAGAUUAUGUUUUGAAAAAUGGAGAUAAAAUAGUGAUGGGCAAAAGUUGUUCAUUUAUUUUCAAAUAUGCUAAUGUUCCCAUUAAUGAAACGGAAGCAACUAAUAAGAAAGACUCCUUUUUUAAAGCACCACAAAGUAUCAACAUAACUUCAGCACAAGAGUCUGGUGGCAGCACAAGCAGUGGAAACAGACAGGUGUUAGCUCACAAACAAAUCAAACAACAGAGACCGAUUUCCAUUUUUGAGAAGUAUAUUGUAGGUAAAGAACUGGGUAGUGGUCACUAUGCAGUAGUAAAAGAAGGUAAGAAUAAGUUCACUGGGGAGAUUGUUGCGGUUAAAAUUUUCCACCCGCAGAAGACUAACGAUGUUAAAAAAAUGAAUCAAUUUAGGGCUGAAACAAAUAUUUUAUUAAACAUUAAGCAUAAUAAUAUUGUAAGGUUAUUAGAUAGAUUUGUGGAACCAGUUACCAAAUCUGCCGUUCAAACAUAUUUGGUUUUAGAAAAAAUCAAUGAUGGCGAGCUUUUUGAUAGAAUUGUUAAAAAAACCAAGUUAAGGCAAGACGAAACAAAAGCAAUAUUUAGACAAAUACUUGGUGGUUUAAAAUACCUUCAUGAUAACGGUAUUAUUCAUAGAGAUAUUAAACCAGAAAAUAUACUUUUAAACAUUAAAAAGCGCUGUUCACUUCAGGAGGUGCAAAGUGGUCCCUGGGACGAAGACGAAAUUUCCAUAACUGUUAAGAUUGCCGAUUUUGGUUUGGCUAAGUUUAUUGGCGAAAUGAAGUUCACAAACACCUUGUGUGGUACACCUUCAUAUGUAGCCCCAGAAGUUUUGCUUAAACAAAAUUAUAGUAGUAAAGUUGAUAUGUGGAGUGCGGGCGUGUUGUUAUAUGUUUGUCUGUGUGGAUUUCCUCCAUUUAGCGAACAAUUAGCACCACCCACUAUGAAAGAACAGAUUACCAAUGGUAUUUUUCAAUUUUAUUCCCCUUAUUGGGAUGAUAUCGAGGAUUCUGUUCUACAUCUAAUUUCCAAUUUAUUAGUUGUGGAUCCAGAUAAAAGAUUUAAUGUUCAACAAGCUGUACAUCAUCCAUGGUUCAAUACACUGGCGGAUGAUAGUUUUAAAGUUAACAGAACAAAAUUAAGCCAGGAACAACAGGUUCCCAGAACAUAUAGUGAAUUAUCCAAAUUAAGCGCAUAG